AUCGAAUUUUCAGGACCUAUAAUUGGGGAGCUGGUAGCGGUCACGUGUCUCAUACUAAAUUCUGUAUUCAGUCAUCAAAUACCAGUUCUAUUGACUGCUCUUGCCUACAGUUUACCCAUGGCAAUAUCAGAAGGAUUACCAUGUUUAUUAUUGGGAGUUUAUAGCUAUGUGUCGACUUGUAGUAGUGAAGCAAGUUUAACUUUGAGGAUAGGUGGUGUAUCCACUAUUCAGAAAAUAGCUUAUGUCUUAGGAUUGGGUAUGAGUGGUAUUAUCCUAAAUCUCCUAGGUUUUAUUGAUGCUUACACAACUACAUUCUUCAUGAUGUUUUCUUCUCUAAUAUAUGGGUACUACAUCAUUAAGGAAAGAAGUAAAAUUGUUGCUGAAGUCGAAGAAGAACUUCAAGAAUUAAAAGAAACACCUAAUAAAAUUAAGCGAAAGAUUUACGUCAUAGAACAUUUUUUUUAUACACUUAAAGUUUUCUUCACCAGGAGACCCAGUAAUAAAAGAAUGAGAUUGAUUGCUUCAGUUCUUCUUCUGAUGAUUGUAAAUGGACCUUUUAGAGGUGAACAGAGUGUUUUAUUCUUCUAUACGAAACUCAAGUUUGGAUGGAAUCAUUUGGAUUAUGGAUAUUUUUAUGGAGCUCAUAAAUGA